AUGGGCUCUGUUACUAGCAGGGUCCAAACACCGACGGUCUCGGGCAUUACCGUUGACAACGCCACCAACUCCCACUACCGAUCCCAGCUAACCUUGCUGUUGGCAGACAUCACCCGGACGCUCGCAUCCGAACUCACCGCUGUCCGGCCGCCUGCCCACCCCGACCCUGACCGCGACUCCUUCCCCCUCACCAUAUUCCCUCCCGCUUUCGAGCCCAAGACUGGAAUGCUUAGCAACAUUAAAGUUGUCAUUUUUGCCACCGACCACUUACGGUGCACCCUUACCGCUCUGAACUUGCUCGCGGAUCUGCAGCAAUGCGUCGUCGGCCGGUGGCGUUCCAAUUUGGCGGCGGUGCGCUCUCAAGUGCAGAGCGGAGCCAAGUCGAAGAAGAACAAACACAACAACAACCUCGACUCAGAAAGGAAACUAAUUGCCGAGCUGCUGGGGAGACUCUUUGACGACAUGCACGCCGACGAUCUGCGAGCAGUCGGGGAGCAGCAAAGCUCUCUGCUCAGAGAGCUGCGCAAGGUAAAGUCCGAGCUGGAGGAGAAGCUGACCUCCCAUAAUAAACGGAGGGGGCGUUGUAACUCCCUCUAUAAGAUGGCCUUCUUCGCCGUACUAGCCGGCUCUGUGGCGCUGGCGGCGGCGGCGGCGCCAGCGUGGGCCAUGACAGUGGCGACGGUCGUGUCCACCGCCAUGAAGGCGGCGGAGCCAUGGUUCGACGCUCUGUGGGAUGAUCGGAAGGCCGCGCUGGAAGGCGAGAAGGACGUGAUCAAGGUGAUGGUCCGAGAUGUCUCCGCACAGCUGCGUGAACUCGACAGAGUAAGAGCGCGCGCCAAUGAGCUGAAGGGCGAAGUCGGCUCGCUGAUAGGGCGCGGCGGCAACGCCGGCUCCUUCUUCUUCGGCCUGAAGAUGAAGGAAGAAUACGCUCUGGCAUUUGAGGAAGUCGACAAGGGAAUAGAAGCGCUCGGCGAGACGGCGGAUGGCAUCCAAGGCGACAUGAAGAAGGCGGCCGCCGACUUUGUGAGGAUGAUAGCCGACGAGACUUGA